CCAACGCUGCCCUGACCAUCGCCAGCCCCUGCUAGGUCAGCAGCUUAAGUUUAUCAACACUCCACGAUUCUCCCUAGCACAGCAUUUCUCCGCCACUUCCCAACCACUCUGCAGUCUGCAUAGCACCAACGCCAAGUCUUAUCCAUCUUUGAUUCUUUCGUGUCUAGUACAGAGCCCAGGCCACAGAGAGACUCAAUGAAUGGUGAAUAGACAGUGAUUCCCCUACCAAAUGCCAAUUUCAUAUUCAAGCUUAAUUUCCUACUCUAUGAUCUGCCGGUGCCUUAGGGUGGAUUAUGACAAGAAAGAACAAGUUUCUGCAUCACAGGCUUGAAGUUUAAAAGCUCCCCAGAGAACACAUACUUGCUGGUUUUAUUUUUUGUGGGGGCGGAUCAGUGUGUAACCCAUCAAUAAACAUUUAACAGUUUCCUCUGCAAGGAGCUAGAGUUUCUACCAGAAAUUAACGCAUGUUGGGGAGUUAUAUUCCUUUUGUAACAAAGGGAAUGCAAAGCAGUUGGAAACAUGAAAUUAUUUCACCCAAUAGAUAGGAUGGAUCAAAUAGAAAGGUGUGUGGGUAAAUUAAAUUUACCAAGUAAAUGCAGUAGCUCGGAGCUCACAGCUGUUUCUCACUCUGCUGUUUACAGAACGCCGCAAUCCAGCCACCAGGCACCAACAGGAUGCCUGAGCUGCGCAUCCCAGCAGACCGUCUUGUCUGCUCUGGUUUCUACAUUCUCACUGCGCUCCCAGGUCGCCUAUUCCUCCAAUCCGUGCUCAUUGAGGAGAUGUCUCCACGUGUGCAGGGCCCCUUGUGAUCUCCAAGCAGUGCUGGUCGGACAGAGGACAGUGGGAGGGCGAGGAUGGCACUACAUCAGAAAGGAAGGGCCCCCUGGCCUGUGUUUGUUGAAACACAGAACUGCAGCACUACUGGAGCAGAAGUGGAUGCAGCUGCCUUUCUGGAAUCUUCCCAGCUGUUUUCCGCCUUGCUCUCCAGCUGUGCUCCAGAGCCCCUUACUUCUCCCUCUGUUCCCAGGUUCUCCCUCGCUGCUCCCCCAGGCUUCCUGCCUCACGCUGUGCUCUCUCAGGCCUGGCCUGUGUCUCACUCCCCGAUCCAGACUCUGGAGGGUUUCUCAAUAAAGGCCGUGCCUUUGCCCAGAGUCAGUCGCGGAAACCCCAGGGCCCGGAAUUCCUCCUCCCUCGGCCUCUGAGGUGACCCUUCCAGCCUCCAUCUGGGGUGCGGAGGGGGAGUGUGGGAGUGGAGAGGACCUGAAAAUGAGAGGAAGGCAGGAACACAGCAGGCCCUGUCCGCUCUGUCAGGGUCUGGUAACAAGUGUGUGGGAGAGAUGUGAGUUUCACAGCCUGGCGGUGUCAUGGAAACCUGCUGACACUGCAAUUCAUCCUGUGUGCAGUGACAUGGGGACAAUUUUUUAUUCACCAGAACGCCAGUGAGGCUGGGCCACACAGAGAGGCCUGGUCAUGGCUGUUUGAGUCAGGCUCCAUAGACAGGCAUGAGAAUUCACAAUGCCUACAAGAUGUGUCAGGCCUGAAAAUAAAAGGAUUUCAACAACAGCAAGAUAAAGCAUAAAAUAAAAUUAAAUGUCUAAUUAAAUGCCUACAAACCGUAAUAGCACAUCACCUAGUUAGUCACAGGUCAACUCAUGUAAAUAAUCAUAAUAUGGAAUGUGAAUGUGUUUCCAUAUGAUCUUAAAUGCUGCCAAUGGAGACAGAAUUAAAUGUGGGUGAGGAUCUGUAGGAGAGGGUUGCAGGUGGGCACCACAAAUCCUUAAUAGGGACUCAGUGAGACAAUGAAGGCUGUACUAAAGACACCCACGUUUCCGCAACGAGCCCCUCCCAUGCCCCAUUAAUCUUGAGUAAAAUUCCAAAGAUUACAAUCUUGGUACCAUUGAAUGUCUUACAGAAGUCAGCAAGGGGAGUGGGAGAGGAUUGGGCAUGAAGAUCUGGCUCUAUCACACACCCUAAAACUGAGCCCACCUGGAUCUACUUUUUUUUUUUUUUUUUUUGGUUUUUCUCUGGUAAAAGAGUUA